CGCCCGAGCUUGAACAAGAAGCUAUAACCACGUACUGUUCGGAGAGUUUAGUCAGAGUUAUGCGCUUCUCGCUCCGGUCUGUUCGCAAUCCAAGGUCUUUUGGAUGGAGUUAUGCCGCCAAGGUGAGUGUAGAUGUCCUGCAACAAAAAAAGUUUUUUUGGAGACAAGUGAUCGAUUUACGAUCGGCAAUUGACUCGAAUUUUUCGCACGUGAUCCAACGCACGACCCUUUGAUUCUACCCAUCAGUUCGCUCUCGUUUCGUCACUUUCAACAUGGAUUUCUCCUCUCUCAGCAGCGCCGAGCAGGUGCAUAUGAACAAGGUCAUAGAAAAAAAGCAGAUGCAAGACUUUCUCCGAAUGUACGCUAGCAUCGUAGAGCGAUGCUUCAACACAUGCUGCAAUGACUUUACGAGCAAGGCUUUAUCGUCGAAAGAGGACCAAUGCGUGAUGAACUGUACGGAAAAGUUCCUCAAGCACGCCGAGAGGGUGGGAACGCGUUUCGCAGAGCUGAACGCCGAGGCAAUGAAUGCCGGGCAAAACCAAAACCCGUCAUAAUAUUUUACCCCGUACUACGUAAUUUCUGCCUGUAUCCUUGUCUGCAAUCCUCCUUCCCCCCUUCCUUUCCUUUGUCUUUUGCACCCUCAAUCCAUCAAGCAGACAG